GGCAGGCACCGGGCCCCGGAGCCUGGUGACCCAUCAGGCUGCCGGGCUGGCUCCUGCUCAGGCGGCUCCAUGUGCCCGCAGCGCCCUCCUACAUGGACAGUGGUCGCAGGAAAUUUGCUCCAUCACGUCAGAGCAGGGCUGGCGCUGACGGUGCAGCGCUCACAGCAACUCGUUUUACUCUCCCAUCCCAUCCAAGCCAGUCCCACGGGCUUCCUGGAACUCCAAGCUCUUUGUUUUCAGGACAAAGGUCUUGUCUCUUUCCAGGUCUCAGGGCCGCGCCACCGGCUUUCCUGUGUCACCGCCGCAGGCAGGCCACCGAGCUCCAGGAGGGGAACCCUGAGGACUCUGAUGAAGAAUGGGCUCCCAGGCAGCAAGUGAAACCUUCUUGGGUGUCCUUCAGAAGGGAACAAAAUAAACACCAGAAGGCAACAUCCAGGGUGCCAUUAAGCAAUGAAUAUACUUUGAAGGAAUUGUCAGGAACAGCAAAUUUGAUGACUGCAAGUGACUCAGAGAAUGCCCGGAAACCAGUGUCCUCUCCUGGAGAAGCAUAUGCCUUUGGAAAGCACACUAGACAAAAAUCAGUUUUCUCCAACUCAGAACUCAGGAGAAAGGAGAUGGACCUGAAGAUGUACAGCAUAGAAGAAAGAAAUGGCUGUGUGUACCAAGAGGUCAGUGAUCCCCAGGAUGAUGACUCCCUUUAUUGUGAGAAGUGUCAGAACUUCUUCAUCAACAGCUGUGCUGUGCAUGGGCCCCCUACAUUUGUAAAGGACAGUGCAGUGGACAAGGGACAUCCCCACCACUCGGCCCCCACUGUGCCCCCUGGGUUGAGAAUUGGACCAUCCAGCAUCCCUGAGGCUGGGCUUGGAGUGUGGAAUGAGGCAGCUGACUUGCCCGUGGGUCUGCACUUUGGCCCUUAUGAAGGACACAUCACAGAAGAUGAAGAAGCAGCCAAGAGCAGAUACUCCUGGCUGAUCGCAAAAGGGACUAACUGCUAUGAGUAUGUUGAUGGAAAGGACAGAUCCUGGGCCAACUGGGUGAGGUAUGUGAACUGUGCCCGGGAUGAUGAAGAGCAGAACCUGGUGGCCUUCCAAUACCACAGGCAGAUUUUCUACCGAACCUGCCAGGUCAUCAGGCUGGGCUGUGAGCUGCUGGUCUGGUUCGGGGAUGAGUCUGGCCAGGAGCUGGGCAGCAAGUGGGGCAGCAUGUGGAAGAGAGAGCUCACAGCUGGGACAGCAGAACCAAAGCCAGAGAUCCACCCAUGUCCCUCCUGCUCUCUGGCCUUCUCCAGUCAGAACUUCCUUGGCCAACAUGUGAAACUCAAUCAUCCCUCCCAGAUUCUCCCGGGAGCAUCUGCAAGAAAACACCUCCAAGCAGAGGAACCCUGUCCAGUGGAUCAGAAUCAGCAGCAGCAACAUACUCGUACACACAGCUGGAAUGAUAAAGCUGAAGGUCAAGAGGUCAAAGAAAGGUCCAAACCUUUGCUUAGAAGGAUCAGUCAGGGGAGAAUCUCAAGACCUUUUUUCCAACCUUCCAAAGAACGAAUGAGGAGCUCUAGUGGGCAUGAGAGAAUGGUGGAGGAAGAGCUCCGAAGAGGCCAGAAAGAGAGUCCAGAGGGCAUAGGCAAGUUAUUUGUGAAAGCAGGAAUGUCAAGAAUUGUAACAAUCCAGGAUGGAGGGUGCUGGCAAGGCUUCAAUGAUAUGUCCACAUCUCAUCACACACCAGAGGACACACUCUGGGGAGAAGCCCUGUGUUUGCAGGUGAAGUGAGUGAAUCAUUAGCAUUAAGUCACAUAUCAAUAUAGCCAUAGGAUGUCUACAGCCCUUUAUUCUCCCCAAGAUUGUAAUUUGUACAGAAAUGACUGGUUAAACAAGCCCUCCAGUUUCAUAAUGAGAUGAGAUGAGACGGACAAACAGUUCCAUAGUGAUAUGGGAUGUCAGCACCAAUCUUCUUCAUGGUUCUUUGACCUAUUUUAAAAUGUUUUGUCUCCAUACACAUCCCUCAUUCUCCCCAUCACAGAAAGCAGAGGGUUCAUGAAGAGCCACAAAGAACUCAUACUCAGUCACGGAAAUUCAACCCUUACAAAUGUGUAAACCUGGAGUCAGUCUACUUUGGCUACUGCCCAGAGAGGGAUUUGAGAUAGGCUCAUCGGGAAAGGGAAUUCCCUGGACUCUUGGGAUGGGGGCUUUUCUCCUAAUCAGCUCCCUACCCCUCCUCCCUUGGCUUUCCUUGGCUCUUUUGGUUUCCAACCUCCAGAGUCUCAGAGGUGAACGGCAGGUAGGGAUGUAUGCUUGUGCACAGAUGUGAGCCUGGCUCAGUCUGGGCACCUCAUCUUCCUCACUCUCCUUGCUGCCCCUUCAGGGUCAGCAUUUCCUGGUGCACAGCAUACAAUUCCACAUCAGUCCAUAGUGGGUGUGAAUCUCAGUUCUGUCUUCUCCAGCUGUGUGACGUAAGGCAAGAUUCUCAACUUCUCUCUGCCUGCUUCCUAGUCUGUACAAUGGAAAUAGGAACUCCAGCCUUUCUGUGUGACAUUCGAAGUUGAGUCAGCACAGACAGAAUCUGGCACAGAGGAUCGCUGAGAUCACAAGUCCUGCUGAACAGCCAUCAAUGCCCAUGUCUUCUGGGUCUUUAGUGCUGGACAAAGGAAGAUAAGGACAGGGUAGGGGUCUGUAGCCAAACUCAGAUUUUGAGCAGAUCCCUCUGUUUUCCCCACAUAGACUCAGCUUCCCUGAGAAGGAGGCCUGAGGUGGGGAAUCGCUUCCCUCCAGGUCACCACCCUCCCACUGACCCUGCACUCCCUCAGAGCCUCCUCAACACAGGUAGGUGGUACUGAGAGUGACCUGUGAAACAAGACCCUCACCCACCCCUUGCUGAGAACUGACACUGGGAACAGCACCUGCCUGCACUGCUUGUUAGGUAGGGCAGAUGGUAAGCCAAGGCAGGGAGGAUGAGGAAGACAUGUGUCACCCACUAACUUAGCAGUCCUAAGCCUGGUCCAAUUCCAUUGCCAGAUGUUCCAAUAUCACAACAAACACUAUGCUAACACAUUGAAAUUCCAGGUAUCAUUUCCAGUAUCUGGCAAAGAAAGGCUUUGAAAGUGUAUUCAUCCCAAGGCCUAGAAGAUGGGAGGGGUCCACAGCACUCGAGGAAAGGACCCAGAAGACAAAUUUGACUACUUGCUUGUCUCUGGCCACUCUGAUUUAUGAGAGGGUCCCUAGUGCUUACAGAAAGAGCCCAUAGAUAACUUUGGGUAACAGCCUCAAUUUUAACUGUCUCCUGUCACAUAGCUAUUUUACAAGAUGGCCAAGUGGGGUCUGAAUCAAGAUAAGUAUUUGGGCUAGUAACCCCCACACAUAUCUAUAUUUGGGUAGUCAUGUCUUCCAUGGAGGCUGGCACCACUCUUACCUGUCAGUCAAUAUGUAAGUUCUUUGCCCCCAUCCCAGCAACUAUAUAAGUCCUCAGGGCAAAGGACCUGGUGCUCUUGCCACCCAACUUCUUGCUUUUCACUCCCAUCUCAGCAAGACCUGUCCUCUUCCAUGAGAACGUAUCACUAACAAACCCUGUUUUCACACUAAUGUACUUGCUGAUCUGUAAUCCUUUACUGCAUUGGCAAAAAGAACUGAGUUUCUCCUGUGACAGGUGCACCCAGUCUGCAUAUGGCAUUCAUGAAGCCCACAACACAAGAGCUGUAAUGCACUUUUCUUGUACCUGGGCCCCACAAGGCUUCAUACAUCACUGACACCAUCCCGAAAUUCAUACUUAUUGUAUCUUUAAACUUUUGUUUAUAAAGUAAAGCCUGAUGGGAUAAUGGACAUGCACAAUGUUGGUCAUUCCUGGCCAUCCUUCCCAGAUACUGUCCACAAUGACCCAAGAGCACAAAAUUCCCAUGGACCCAAUGGGUGGGAGUCCAGCAAGACUCAGGGUGAGAACAGGGUAUACAUCUGCAUAAGCACAGGGAAGGGUGCUAACAGCUCCCAGGGGUCACACUUUUCUUAGAACCAGAGCUGAGUUCAAUACAGAGAGAUGGCAAACAAUUAGUGAGGACCUCAUCAUAUCCCCUCUCCUGCAUGAGGGAGACCUAAGCAUGACCCACCCUGUUCCUGCUGGGGUGGGUUCACCAAAGGGGGACAC